AUUGGUGUGUGUGUGUGUGUAGAGUAGAGCUGCUUCACCCACACUUUCCUCAGUAAGAGAACACACUCAGAGAGGAACAAUGUCGGAGCUGCUGAGAAUACUGCUCCUCUUACUGCCUGCCAUCCUGCACACAGCAAAUGGGCAUUCCGAGGCAACGGAAUAUUGGUGCUUCUGGAGCGCUGAUGAUCUCAGUGACAUGGAGCUAAUAGAUUCUUACAUCUUCAAUAAGAUCAAAUAUGCAGAGUAUAACAGCACUGUGGGGAAGUAUGUGGGAUACACUGCACACGGCAUCUAUAACGCAGAGAGAUGGAACAAUGACACUGCAGGGCUGGAAUCGCGGAAAGCCGAUCUGGAAAGUUACUGUAAGCACAAUGCUCGGCUUUACUACAGCAACGUCCUCAGUAAAGCAGUUGAGCCUCAGGUUGAGGUCACUUUGGUAAAGAAGUCAGAUGGCACUCACCCAGCCAGGCUGAUGUGCAGCGCUUACAGCUUUUACCCCCCAAACAUUGAGGUGACCUGGCUGAGAAACGGGAAAGAGAUUGAGGGAGGUGUAACGUCCACUGAGGAGAUGGCUGAUGGAGACUGGUACUAUCAGAUCCACUCACAUCUGGAGUACAUGCCUGAAUCUGGAGAGGAGAUCUCCUGUGUGGUGCAACACGCCAGCUUCCAAAAGCCCAUGGUCUAUAAGUGGGAUCCCUCGAUGUCUGAACCUGAUAAGAGUAAGAUUGCUAUCGGGGCUUCAGGGCUGGUGUUGGGGAUCGUGCUUUCAGCUGCUGGAUUCAUCUACUACAGGAAGAAAUGCUCAGGUCAGUGGAAGAUUGCAGGAAAUCUACAAACAGAAACGUGUAUUAGGACAUCUGUGUAUUUGUUAUUAAAAUUGAAGUGCUAUUAAUAAUUAAUAUUUAACCUUGCUACCUGAUAUUCAUCCUUCUGCUUUAUUUCUGAUUUGUGUUCACAGGACGGAUCCUGGUGCCGACAUAAACACAGGCAUCAUUUGAAGUUGACAUGUUGGUUUCAGCUUCAUUCCCCAUAUUGGAUGGAGUUAAUUUACCCAUAAUGCUCACUGUUUAGCUACAGUUAAGCUGAAAUGUGAUGAUUUUAAGCUCACACAUGUGAUGUUAAUUUUUACAGGUCUGUGAGCAGAGAAACACUGGAGUGUUUGCUGAAAUCGCUUUAUCUGUUAAACAUCUGCUUUAUUCCGAACAAUUAGAACCUGCUGAGAAAUGAGCAUUUCAUAAUAUGUGCAUCUGCAUCUGUAUUAUCACUUUCCUUAAUGUAAGACCAGCUUUCUGUCAGAUUUUGCUGAAACUGAUGUUAAAUAUCUUGAUUAUAGGCUUUAUAAGAGUUCUUGAGUAGAAAUUUGGCAAACUGAGCUUAGAUACUACAUUCAGCUUAAAAAUGUAUAAAUUAAUUCCUUAUAAUGCAUCUGAAAGUUAUGAAAUAAUUAAUUACUAUUACAGAAGUAAAUGUAGUCUUGUAAAAUUUUCAUUAUUAAAUCAUUAGCGCCCCCUACAGUCUAUUUUAACCUGGAUCACUUCCUCAGUUUUAGUGAUGCUGUUUAUUACGAUUCAAUACUAACAGUUAUCUGUAAAUUUCUGGUUUUGUAUCAUCAGUCACUUAAAUUUCAUUUUAAUGGUAAGAACUGGAUUGAUUUUUGAUUCUGUAUGGAUGCUGACUCUUAAUCACUGGCUUCCAGUAAGCUACAGAAUUGACUUUAAAGCAUUGCUGCUGGUGUACAAAUCUCUAAAUGGUACAGGGCCCAAUUACCUGUCUGAUAUGUUGCAGCGGCCUAACCCAAUCAGAUCUACCAGAUCGCAGCAGCAAAAUUUACUGGUAAAACCUGUUGUUAAAACAAAGUGUGGUGAAGCAGCUUUUAGCUACUAUGCAGUACAGCUAUGGAACCAACUGCCAGAGGACAUCAAAAAUGCUCCUGCUGUUGGCAGCUUCAAAUCUAGACUAAAGACCAAGCUGUUCUCAGAUGCUUUCUGCUAACUGAUAAAUAUCAUCAUCUUUACGUUUUAAACUUUACUUAACUUUUACAGUCUUUGUAUGUUUUAAACUUUACUUAACUUUUAUUCUAUUUUAUUCUGCUGUUUUUUUACUGAACUUUUACUUCAUUUUAUUAUUUUAUUUCUACUAUUGUUUAAUUCUUCUUUUUUUCUCUCUUCUUCCCCCUUUAUUUUAUGUAAUUUUAUUUUCUAUUGUUUACUGUUUUGCCUUUACCUCUGUAAAGCACAUUGAACUGCCACUGUGUAUGAAAUGUGCUAUAUAAAUAAACUUGCCUUGCCUUGCCUUAAUAAACUUUUGGUUGUAAAAGAAA